AUGGCGUCCUCCUCUGCACUUGGUGUAUCCAAGUACGAUGUUUUCCUCAGCUUCCGAGGAGAGGACACCCGCAAAACCAUUGCCAGUCAUUUAUACGCAGCACUUGAAAGCAGAGGAAUUGUUACCUUCAAAGACGACAAAAGGCUUGAGAAAGGCGAUCACAUUUCCGAUGAACUCCGUAGAGCCUUAAAUGGCUCGAGUUUCGCCCUUGUGGUUCUCUCCGAGAACUACGCUACUUCGAGGUGGUGUUUAAUGGAGCUUCAAUUGAUAAUGGAGUUUAUGAAGGAAGGAAGACUUGAAGUCAUUCCGGUCUUCUAUGGAGUAGAUCCUUCCGUCGUGAGGCAUCAGCUAGGAAGUUUCGCCUUAGAAAGGUACCAAGGUCCAAAAAUGGCGGAUAAGGUUCACAGGUGGAGAGAAGCUCUUAACCUAAUCGCCAAUCUUUCAGGCGUCGAUUCAAGACACUGCGUUGAUGAGGCUAUAAUGGUUGGAGAAAUCGCCAGAGAUAUUUCAAGACGUGUGACAUUGAUGCAUAAGAUAGACUCUGGAAAUAUUGUUGGGAUGAAGUCUCACAUGGAAAGUCUUGAACAUCUCUUGGAUCUGGAAUCCAAUGAGGUACUCAUGACAGGAAUAUGGGGAAUGGGUGGAAUUGGGAAAACCACCAUUGCCAAGUGUCUCUAUGACCAGCUCUCUCCUAAAUUCCCAGCUCGUUGCUUCACAGAAAACAUUAAGAGUGUUAGUAAAGACCAUGACAAUGAUCUAAAGCAUUUGCAAAAAGAAUUGCUCUCCAGUAUCCUCUGUGAUGAUAUUAGGUUAUGGAGCGUGGAAGCUGGAUGUCAAGAGAUAAAGAAGAGACUUGGGCAUCAAAAGGUUUUUCUUGUGCUUGAUGGUGUGGAUAAAGUGGCACAAGUGCAUGCCUUGGCAAAAGAGAAAAACUGGUUUGGUCCUGGGAGCCGAAUCAUCAUAACAACUCGAGACAUGGGCUUGCUCAAUACCUGUGGAGUGGAAACCGUUUAUGAGGUUAAGUGCUUGGAUGAUAAGGAUGCCUCUCAAAUGUUUAAACAGAUUGCUUUUGAAGGAGGAAGACUUCCUCCUCCUGAUGGUUUCGAACAACUCUCAAUCCGAGCUUCUCGGCUUGCUCACGGGCUUCCUUCUGCUAUUCAAGCCUAUGCUUUGUUUCUCCGUGGAAGGACAAUGACUCCUCAGGAGUGGGAAGAAGCAUUAGGUGCACUUGAAAGCAGUCUUGAUGAGAAUAUAAUGGAAAUCUUGAAAACUAGCUACGAGGGCUUACCAAAACCACAUCAGAAUGUAUUCCUUCAUGUUGCAUGUCUCUUCAAUGGAGACGCUCUCCAGCGUAUCACUUCUCUUCUUCAUGGCCCCAUACCUCACAGCAGCCUGUGGAUAAGAGUUUUAGCAGAGAAAUCUCUCAUCAAAAUAUCAACUAAUGGAUCUGUAAUCAUGCAUAAGUCGGUAGAACAAAUGGGAAGAGAAGUUAUCCGUGACGACAUGUCUUUGGCUCGAAAGUUCCUCAGGGAUCCUAAGGAAAUUCGCGAUGCGCUGGCUUUCAGAGACGGAGGAGAACAAACUGAAUCCAUGUGCCUACACACGUGUGAGAUGACCUGUGCGUUGUCCAUGAAGGCCAGUGUCGUUGGCCGUAUGCAUAAUCUCAAGUUUCUCAAGGUCUACAAGCAUGUGGAUUACAGAGAGUCGAAGCUGGAACUCAUUCCAGACCAACAUCUCUUGCCUCGUAGCCUACGGUUAUUCCACUGGGAUGCAUUUCCAUUGAGAACCCUGCCUUCUGGUUCUGAUCCAUGCUUUCUUGUUGAACUCAAUCUGCGUCACAGUGAUUUAGAAACGCUCUGGAGUGGAACACCGAUGUUGAAGAGUUUGAGGAGACUAGAUGUGACAGGAUCUAAGUACCUAAAGCAACUUCCAGAUCUUUCAAGUAUCACGAGUCUUGAGGAAUUGGUUCUGGAACACUGCACGAGUCUGGAGCGCAUUCCAGAGUGUUUUGGAAAAAGGUCUAGCCUAAAGAAGCUUAAACUAUCCUACUGUGGAGGGCUGAGAAGUGCUCUGCGGUUUUUUAUAUGGAGAUCUACAAGGCAGCAACAUAUUGGAUUGGAGUUCCCAGACGCAAAAGUGAAAAUGGAUGCACUUAUAAACAUAUCGAUUGGGGGAGAUAUAAGUUUUGAGUUUUGUUCAAAAUUUAGAGGAAAUGCUGACUACGUCUCUUUUAAUUCUGAGCAACAGAUCCCACUUACAUCGACAAUGAGUCUGCAGAAAGCACCUUGGCUCAUCUCAGAGUGCAACAGAUUCAACUCCCUCAGUAUCAUGAGGUUCAGCCACAAAGAAAACGGCGAAUCUUUCUCUUUUGGUAGCUUUCCAGAUUUUCCUGACCUGAAAGAGCUAAAACUGGUGAACUUGAACAUCCGGAAAAUCCCAUCUGGGAUUUGUCACUUGGAGUUCCUAGAGAAGCUGGACCUCAGCGGAAAUGAUUUCGAGAACUUACCAGAAGCUAUAAAUAGCCUUUCCCGGUUGAAAACUCUCUGGCUUCGAAACUGCUUCAAGCUCGAGGAGUUGCCAAAGCUAACUCAGGUGAAGACACUGAUACUUACCAACUGUUGGAACCUCAGAUCAUUGGUGAAACUAUCUGACAUAAGUCAAGAUCAGGGAAAAUACUGUUUGCUUGAGCUUUGCCUUGAAAACUGCAACAAUGUUGAGUCAUUGUCAGAUCAGCUUAGUCAUUUCAAUAAGUUGACAUAUUUAGAUCUCAGCAGCCAUGAUUUUGAGACAUUGCCAUCAAGCAUCAGAGAUCUUACCUCAUUGGUAACUCUUUGCCUCAAUAACUGCAAGAAACUCAAAUCCGUGGAAAAACUCCCUCUGAGUCUUCAGUUUCUCAAUGCACACGGCUGUGAUUCCCUUGAAGCUGAUUCUGUAGAACAUUUUAAAGACAGAACAAACGAAGAGAGCUUGGAGAACUUGCGGAGACUAGAUUUGACUGGCUCUACGAAUCAGCAAGAGCUUUCAGGUCUUUCAACUGCUCAGAAACUGGAGGAGCUGAUAAUCAGCGGCUGCGAAUUGCUGACUAAAAUUCCAGAGUCCACUUGUCGCUUACCUUGUCUGAGGAAACUCAAUGUGGGAUACCUCAGUGGCAUUACAAUGAUCACUGACCUUCAAGAAAGCAGCCUAAGCCGUUGCUGUCAAAUUAGAUUGACGCUGAAUUAUUCUACAGAUCUCGCCAUUGAGGGUGACAUAGGUAUUGAUUUGUCGGGUCUCAAUGGAAAUGCGGAUGGCCUCUCUUUUAGUUCCAGCCGACAGAUCCAUGAUCCAACGAAAACAGCAACGCCUCAAGUGAUAUCAGAGGUUCAUGGUUUUAAAUCACUCAACAUAAAGCGAUCUUAUUAUAUGGUGGAUGGUGAUUCUUUUGGAUGCCAUAGCUUUUCAAAAUUUCUCGGUUUGACAGAGUUGAGCUUGAUCAACUUGAACGUCAAGGAAAUCCCCAACGACAUUGGCGACUUGCAAUCUCUAGAGAAACUGGACCUCAGUGGAAAUAAUUUCGUGUUGUUACCAACAGUCAUGAGACAACAAGCCAAGUUGAAAUAUUUGAGCCUUUGUAACUGCCGCGAACUUGCCACGGCUUGCUCAGGUGGAAAGACUCGCACUUUCGGACUGUGUGAACCUCCGUUCAUUGCUGGAAGAACUUCCCGGUGUAGAGAAAGAUUCAAGAAGCUACCACUUGCUUGA